UCCUGUUUGCCUUCACGAGUUUGCGGGUGGCACCGGCCCAACACAAACUUCGAGGUGUUACCUGCGCGAUGCCGAAGAGCUAUGAGCUGAAGCUGCGGGAAGCGGAUGAGCGGCGGCGGCCGAACCAACAGGAGGAGAUUUAUAAGGCUGUGGAAGGCAAGACCCAGAAGAUCAUGCUGGGCUUUGACCAUCCAGAGUCCCUUCAGUUCGAGAUGCAGCUUACCUGGGUGGAAGACACCUGGACGGUGGAGCAACUUCACGACCAUCUGCUUUCGGAGGUCAGACGCUUGGACGCGGAGUACAGGCGGAAGCCGAUUCGUGGAAAUUACUCCCAGAAGUACGUGUGGUUUGAUCGGUUCAUCUUGCGUCCGCGAGUCCAGGGCCGCGAACUCACGCUCCAGGAUUAUGGCAUCGAGCCGGGCUUCAGAGUGAAGAUCAGCCCGUUCUACCAAUCUGAAAUGAUGUGGGCCCAGCCAUGGCCGUUCGAUCUCAGCAAGGAACGGCCCAAAGAGCAGACGCAGCCUGCCGAGGAUCCGCAACUCUUGCUGCGGUUGGACAAGAACAGCACUGGCCUUUCGACUCGCGUCUUCUUCUUCCCCUGGCUGGGCGGCAACUCUUCAGCGUACCUCCCAGUCGUCCAGAAGAUGCCUAAGGACAUUGCCUGCUACGCUCUGGACAUGCCUGGCAGGGGCGAACGAGAAGACGCAGAGGGCUAUCCGAAUGGGCCAUUUGCGGUGAAGGUCAUAGCCAUGACCAUGGCCAAGGAGAUGAAGCAAAGAGGGACCAACUACAUCUUCGCCCACUCGCAGGGCAGUCAUUUCGCCUACUAUGUCGCCAAGCUUCUGAGGAGCAACUACAACGUCAAGGUGAAGGCGCUCUUCGUGAGCAACUUCGCCGUGCCCAGCUCAAUACCGCCGAUGGACCUCAGCACCUUGCGCAACAGGCAGGCGAUGUGCGUCCCCCUGCGCAUCUUUACCAACCUGGUGAAGGGAGGCUGGGGCUGCGACCCAAAGCUGGCGUACAAGAGCCACAUGGGAUAUCAGGCCUACCAGAGCCAGGAGCUCUGGCCGGUAGCGAGGUCUCUCAUCAUGGACCACUGGAUUACCAAGGAGUUUCCACUGCCGGGCGCGGACGAGCCGCUGGAAUGUCCCAUAGUUGCCUUCUUCGGGAAGGAGGACGCAGCUGUGUCCCUUGCACAGGUUUCUGCUUGGCAGUACCUCUCGGGGGACCCAGACAGCUUCAAGGUCAUAGAGAUGGAUGGCGGCCACAUGUGGUUUCAGAACAGCAGCACGAGGUGCGAAGCCUUAGCCAACGAGCUGGCAAAGCUCGUGCGGCGGUUCUGAGUGCGGCA